AUGGAGCCAGAAGCCUUAGAAAUUUGCCCUUACAACCCUCACCACCGAAUCCCACUCAGCAGAUUUCAGUACCACCUGGCAUCAUGCAGGAGAAAGAACCCCAAGAAAGCCAAAAAGACUGCCAGCUGCAAAUACAACGCCUGCCACGUGGUCCCCAUCAGGAAGCUGGAGGAGCACAAGGCUGCCUGUGUCGACAGGAGCACGGCGGAGGAGGAGGGCAGCGUGAGCCCUCUGAAAGUUAGCCUCCCAAGUCCAGAGCAGAACAGAAACACCCCUCUGGUGUCCCCCUGGCUCCCCAGCGCUGAGGUCUGGAACGUCGAUGGUCCUAACUGCCACCCCAUGUUCAUCCUUAUGACUUUUGCUCCCCAAAAGCUUGCUUGUGAGAGCGACGGAAGAGAGACAGAGAGAGAGGACCACCUCCCAUCCUUGAUCACCCCCCACAAGAUCCUCAGACCAGGAGAGUAG